GCUGCACCGACGACGGGCAGCGCAUCUUGGCACACCUCAAGCUGAACGCGAUCGAGACUCAUUAAAAAUCUCCCAAUCUCCCUUUUCUCUCUUUCUCAAAAGUAAAAUGUGAAGUCGGCAAUCGAUCGAAUAUGCCUUAGAUGGUAGAAGACCAGAGACUACCCAUCCGCCGCGAUGCCAGAGUACCUCAACCUCGCGUCGACAACGACAGGAACCACCACUGCGCCCUCCCCUGAGAAGUCACUCACCAUCUACCGGCACUCCAAACACCGCAUCUUCACCUUUGAAUCCUCCAUCACCGAGCCAGCAGAAUACGUCAUCGCAGCCUCCAAAUCGGCCCCUCCUCCACCGCGGCAACAGCGCCUCUUCCCCCCCGAAAGCCCCAGCGCCUCCUCCCUAUCCUUAAUCCCCAUCAUCGGCUCCCUACGAUUUACCUCCUUCUGGUCCAAACUAACCCUCGAACUAGGCGACGGCGUAGCGCAAGUCGAGCACAAUCGCUCCGCUAAGCGAUUACGCCGUUCCGAAGCGAGCAAGAGGAAAUGGAGACGCUGGUUUGGGAUGAAAGAGCGCCCGGUGAAGGAGAUGGAGGAGGUGGAGGUGCUGGGACUGGUGUUGGGGGUUGUAAUGGAGAGGAGGCUGAGGGUGGGGUUGGGGUGGAGUGGGACGAGGGGGAUGGCGAGGUCGUGGUUUAGGGGGGUUAGGGGGUAUAGUCAUGAUGUGAAGGACGCUGAUUUGAUGUCGUUGAAGCUUGUGAGGACUUCUGAUCACGCUCUCAUUGCUACGUAUGAGAAGAAACACUGGGGUUGUAGUGCGGGCCCCGGAAUGGAUGGGAAGGGCAAGAAGAGGGCUAUUGGGACGCUACGGAUAUAUCCCGCUGCCUACGAGCGUCCACAGAGCGGCACUUUGGAGGACCUCAAUGGCGAGAGUACCCAAGGGGUCAGAUUAGCUCCCAAGCACAGGACGGGCAGUAACAUCACCGGGACGCACACGGGAGACAUUUUUGAGGAGGCAGUGCAAUCGAACGCUGGAGGAUGA